GCGAGAAUGGGAGACAAGUUGCGCGCAGAGGGCAUCAAACCACGACUGCUGGGGUACACAUGGAUUGACGCCACGGAGCGCGAAUAUACGUACAUGAGCUUGUCGGGCAACUACAAACCUUUCAGUGUGGUAUUCCAGGCCAUGUUCUUCCGCAUGCUGUGGCAAGCAGGCAUCUCUGAGCCUCGACAAUUUGCAACCGACGAAGAUGUGCAAUUCCUGAUCGACGCGCAUGACAAGGAGCCGAUGCGCCCGGGGGCAGCUGAGUGCAUCUCCAAAUUGCGAGACGCCGGGUUCACGGUGUGGGCGUUUACAGCAGGCGAUUUGAAGCGAGUAGGUGGUUACUUCAAGAGCGCGGGGGUGGAUCUGCCCUCGGAGAAUCUCCUCUCCUGCGACACCAGAGGCGUUGGUAAACCUUCGCCGGAGGCAUAUCGGCCUCUGCUCGAACAAUUGCAGAAGCACGGACAGCCGUGGUUUGCGGCUGCACACAUGUGGGAUGUCUCGGCCGCCAGACGAACAGGGUUCAAAGGGGCAUACUGCACAGUCUUUGAGAAGGAGCCGUUGUUGGAAUUGUUUGGAGACAUGGAGGUUGUGGCUGAUACGUUACCCGAGAUGGCGGACAAAAUCAUCUCAAUGUCAUGAGCUAUCAACAUGCCUACCUACCUUACCUGAAUUACCUUACGAACCUUGCCCAUAUUAUAAUCUAAAUUGGGGGUCUUAAAGUAGCAUAUCGACGCUGAGAUUAAUCUGAAUUUACCAAUCUACGC